AUGAAAGUUAAGACCGAGGGAGAGAUUACUGUCAUAUUGACAGAGGAGUCAGGAGAUCUGAUUACCACCAGAGAGGGACCAGACUCUCACUCUGACAGCGGGGAGACUCCUUCAGGGGAACCAGACCCAGAGACGCCCAAACCAGCGAGACAACACCACUGUUCCCAGUGUGGAAAGAGUUUUAAGUGGUUAAGGAACCUGAAAGUACAUGAGAGAACGCAUACAGGAGAAAACCCUUACGAAUGCUCCCACUGUGGAAAGAGUUUUACCAAGUUAGGGAACCUAAAAGAGCAUGAGAGGACACACACAAGAGAAAAGAGUUUCCAAUGUUCCCAGUGUGGAAAGAGGUUUACCCAGUUACGGUACCUGAAACAACAUGAAGAAAUACACACAGAAGAUAGGAAGACCUACCACUGCUCUCAGUGUGGAAAGAUAUUUACUGGGUUAGGGAACCUGAAAAUACAUAUGAGAAGACACUCUGGAGAGAAGCCGUACCACUGUUCCCACUGUGUAAAGAGUUUUACUCAGUUAGGGAGCCUGAAACCACAUGAGAGGGGACACACUGGAGAGAAGCCUUAUCACUGUUCCCACUGUGGAAGGAAUUUUAGGUGGUAUGCGAGCCUGAAGGAGCAUGAGAGAAUACACUCAGGAGAAAAGCCUUACAAAUGUUCCCGAUGUGAAAAGAGUUUUACCCGGUUAGGGAGCCUGAAAAAGCAUGAGAGAAUACACACAGGAGAAAAGCCUUUCCAACAUACUAAUACACAGGAGGAGAAGACAUACCACUGCUCUCAUUGUGAAAAGACAUUUUCCCAGUCAGAGGACCUGAAAUCACACGAGAGAAUAGAGAGGCUGUGUUCUGACUUAUGUUUUUGAUUGAGAAAUUGUGUUUUUGUUCAUUCUACAUUAAAUAAUAUUGUAUGAAUGAAAUCAUACUGAAAAAUAGGUCUACAUGUUUUUUCCAGCUCAAGACAUGAUCAUGUCGAAAAUCGGAUUAAAAGAGUA